UUGGUUGAACUUGGUAACUGUUGACUGUUGGUAACUUGGUACACGCGUGCUUAUCCUACAAAGCACUGAAUGUAAAUAUUGGUAAAGAUGGCAGAGGAUCCGUUCGAAGUAAAGCAAGACGAAUCGAACGAAAAGAGGCCUCAAUUUGGCAGCAGAAUCCUUUCUAAUGAUACCAAUGUAUUUCAACACAAUGCGUGGGACAACGUCACAUGGGACGAGGAACAGCAGAAAUUGGCUCAACAAAAAGUAGUGGAGAAUUCAACCGUGACGUUACCAAAUGAAAAAAUCCGAGAAUACGAAUGUGAAGCUAACAAAUAUUGGGACAAAUUUUAUGGGAUACACGUAAAUAAAUUCUUCAAGGAUAGACACUGGUUAUUCACAGAAUUUCCAGAGCUAGCCCCAGCUACUGUAAAACAAAAUAUUAAGCAACCUCUGAGAUCCGAAAUUAAGGAUGAAGAUGGAAGUAGCAUGAAAACUCAUAUUAAAAUUCUCAAUCUGCCCAGUUCUAAUGGAAGUAAAAUUUUGGAGAUUGGGUGUGGGGUAGGAAACACAGUGUUCCCUAUACUUUUGUAUAAUACAGAUCCAAAUUUGUUUGUAUAUUGUUGUGACUUUUCCACGAGAGCGAUAGAUAUACUAAAACAGAAUCCUGCAUACGAUACAUCUAGAUGUAAAGCUUUUGUUCUGGAUGCCACCCAAGAAAAAUGGCAAACACCUUUUCAACCUGAAAGUCUAGACAUUGUAAUAUUAAUAUUUGUUCUUUCUGCUAUAAAUCCUGACAAAAUGAAGCACGUUAUCGAACAAGUACAUAAAUAUUUAAAGCCAGGUGGAUUAGUUUUAUUUAGGGAUUACGGAAGAUAUGAUUUAGCUCAAUUAAGAUUCAAACAAGGGAGUUGUCUUGCAGAAAAUUUUUAUGCUCGAGGGGAUGGAACUAGGGUAUAUUUUUUUACCCAAGAAGAUGUUACGACAUUAUUUACGAGUUGUCGGUUUGUGGAAGAACAAAAUCUAGCGGAUAGAAGGUUGCAAGUGAAUAGAGGAAAACAGUUAAAAAUGUAUAGAAUAUGGAUUCAAGGAAAAUAUAGAAAAUAAAUCGAGAAUUUUAUUUACUAUAAUUAUAUUGUAUUCGUCUUCGAUGUAUCGCCCUAUACUUUGUAAACACUUAUUAAAAAUUUUAUUAUAUUAUUGA